UGAAUGAGUUGAGCGCUCGAGCUGCGCUGGACGUUGCCAGGCGAAGUGAGUGUCGCCGAGGCCACUACAGUUGGCCUCUCGCUGGCCCAGCCCAGCCCACGGGUCCCGAGUGGAGAACACGAGCACCGCCGGGCUCGCUGGCGAGCUCCCAGGCGGGGCGCCCCGGCCUCUCAAGGAUGGCCGAGCGAGGGUUACCCGGGCGAGCAGGACCCACGGAAAUAACUGGUAAUAAGACCUCUGUAGCCAUGGCUAGUUCUGACGUGAAACCAAAAUCAGUAAGUCAUGCCAAAAAGUGGUCAGAAGAGAUAGAAAAUCUGUACAGAUUUCAACACGCAGGAUAUCGAGAUGAAAUUGAAUAUAAACAAGUGAAGCAAGUUUCUAUGGUAGAUCGUUGGCCAGAGACAGGAUAUGUGAAGAAACUUCAGAGACGGGACAAUACUUUCUAUUACUACAACAGACAGAGGGAAUGUGAUGACAAGGAAGUCCACAAAGUGAAAAUUUAUGCUUACUAGCCUUACUUCUUGGUAUUACCUGCCAUUAUCUUUUUAAAAAUAAACUGUUUGAUUCUA